CUGUUGUUUUAUCUUCUUCGCCCUCGCAGCAGCUGUGAUCCGUCCGGAACAAAUCGCAGGUUUAUUCCUGAUCUAAUCUCCUGUGUCCGGCCCUUCCCCUCGACAGUCCUCCUGCUGCACUCGAUGGAGGAAGUAUCCCUCGCAAAAUGAAAGGACUAUUACUCUGUGUUUUUGCCAUAAUGAUGUUAGCACCUGUUGAAGGCGAGGAGAAGGCAGAGGUGCAGCUCUCUGAGUCGGCGGGAUUUGAGGAAGGGGAGGUUCCUCUCGAGUGUUUCCGUUGCGACCUGGGCUUCUGGGACGCCUGCUAUACCACCAAAACUAAAUGCAACGCCGGGGAGCGCUGCUACACGGGCAGAGGGAAGGCAGCUGAUAGUUUGGACGUUAAGACUCUGGGCUGUGUGAAGGCAGAGCAGUGCAAUGUGGAGAACACGGUGGAGUUCUUCCCUAACAGCACCAUCUUUGUGAUGACCAAACACUGCUGCAGCACCCCCCUGUGCAACUGGGCACACAAACUUCCUAACGUCACACUUUUGUACCUCACUGUGGCUGUCCUGACGACCAGACACCUCACUGAAGCCUCAACGACAGCACAAUAAUAAACAACCUGCGUUUGUUUAUGUUGUAAACACAAAAGAGAGAGAGAGCGACGGGGAAGAGAUGCUGAAUGGACUGAACCGUAUGAAAGAUGAAAAAUGCUUUGACAGAACUUUUUUUACUGAAUAAAAAAAUGUAACUUUAAAUACAAUUAUUAACAUUAACAUAUUAACUUAAUUAAUAUUAAUGAACAAACCCGAGAGAACAUCUGUUUGCAUCAGGGCAUUUCCACUGACACAUUUGCUGCAGCUUUAACCUUUGCAACACACAAUAAAUGUUUCAAUCAUACUUUCAUAAAGUCUUUUCAUGUAUUUAGAUACAAGCGGAGCGUCAGUAAAACCCUACCCUCUACAGCUGGAAACAUUAGAGGGUGAGCAAAACAAACUGACCAGAGCUGUAGGAACGUGCUGCAGCAGAGCCGCUCAGCUGCGGUUCAGCAGCU